UAAUCACCAUCAGUUGCAUGAUCCUAAUAACCACUACUUGCAUUGCAUGACCUCUUUGUCUAUAUAUACACCAAACACUUGUGCCUUCUCACAUAUAAAGACACUGUGGGAGCAUCACACGAAGCUUCCCAUAUCAAUUCUAUCUGUCCUCUCUCCCUUUGUCCUCAGUCCAUCAGAAACUAUCACCAUGGCUCUCAAUCACCAUCUUCAACAUGCUCUUAAGAUGGUGAUCUCCAUUUCAGUGAUGUGUUUGGUGCUCAACAAUGACAUGAAUCUUGCUAGAGCUGAGCUUGAAACACUAGUCCAUCACCCUGAUUCAUCAGCUUUGCUUCUCAGCUUUCUGGUGGUUGGAGACUGGGGGAGAAAAGGAACUCAUAAUCAGUCUCAAGUUGCUUUUCAGAUGGGAAGAAUCGGAGAAACACUGGACCUAGAUUUUAUCAUCUCAACUGGUGACAACUUUUAUGACAAGGGAUUGACCAGUGAAUAUGAUCCUGCUUUUGAAGACUCUUUUACCAAUAUCUACACUGCUUCCAGCUUACAAAAGCCCUGGUACACUGUUUUGGGAAAUCAUGACUACAGAGGCGAUGCCCUGGCACAGUCCAGUUCUUUUCUUAAACAAAAGGAUAGUCGCUGGGUUUGCUUGAAAUCUUUUAUACUGAAUACUGAUGUUGCGGAAAUAUUCUUCAUAGAUACGACGCCUUUUCAAGAUAAAUAUUUUACGGAUCCUGAGGAUCAAGUGUAUGACUGGAGAGGCGUUAUGCCCAGAAAGAAAUAUUUGGCCAAUCUGUUAAAGGAUCUGGAUAUGGCACUAAAAGAAUCAACAGCAAAAUGGAAGAUAGUGGUGGGUCAUCAUCCUAUUAAAAGUGAUGGGCAUCAUGGUAAUACUCAAGAGCUUGUUGUACAGCUUCUCCCAAUCCUUCAGGCAAAUAACGUCGAUUUCUACAUAAACGGACAUGACCAUUGCUUGGAACACAUCAGUAGCCGAGACAGUCCAUUGCAGUUCUUCACAAGCGGGGGUGGAUCAAAGGCGUGGAGGGGUGACAUGAGUUGGAUGAAUCUAGACGAAACAAAGUUUUACUAUGACGGGCAAGGUUUCAUGUCUAUGCAAAUUACUGAAAAUGAAGUUCAAGUCAUCUUCUAUGAUGUUUCUGGCAGUGCUCUGCACAAAUGGAGUACAUCGAAGUGGUUGUAUUCUACAAUAUAGAACUGAUUUCAGGUGGACUAAUUCUCAUAUGGGGAAAACGAAGAUGGUGGCUUGACGACUACUUGCUUCUUAGCAGCUGCCUUGAGUUAUGCACAAUAUGAGUAGUCCACCAAAGUUUGUUAUUAACAUGUUCAAGCAAAAGAUGAGAUUUGGACCCGGGCUUUUACAUCUAUGUAUCCUACAAAGCUCUUAGCUCUUAAUGUCUAAUAUAUGAAGAUUAGCCCUUAAUGUCAAAUAUAUGAAGAUAAUUUAAUAAAUUACCUCAAUAUUAAAGCA